AUGCACCAGCUCUUCCGCCUCACCCAGCUGGAACGGCUUCCGGUUUAUCAUCGGGUCCGUGCGCGCCGUGCGCUCAACGUUGACAGGACCAUUGCCCAAUUCGUCGACUUCACGCAGCUCUUCGCGGUGCGGCUGCACUCAAGCUUCGAUACAUUGCUGCUACUACCGAUCUACUGGGCCGCGCUGGACCCCGACCAUGCCGAGCCGCUAUACAACGCAAGCCACAGCAGCAUUCAAGACGUGGCACCAUACCUGGAGCGCCCGUUAACGACGGCGAAGGCUAUUACAGCAAUUCUGUCGCGUGCGAUCAGCGGAACGACGGGUGGGAUGCCUCUGGAGGCUUUACUGGAACUGUGGAAUCGGCUGUGGUUCUGGGUUGCGGUGAUCGAUGAACUCUUCCAUGACGUCGACUUCAAGUUUACGCAGCGGCCGCUGGCGAACUUGUUAAAGCACCGAUACAUUACCCUUGCCAGUGCGGUUUCUGCGAUUCUCCGGGCCAUGCCCGCCAAUACUCCUCCGCCACCAUCGCCGCAGCUGUGGGUGUUUGUCGGGCGAGCAUGGGUGGACGCCCUCGACAACAAUGUGACCACCGCAUUGAGAGCUGUGUGUCGCCUCCUGGCCGAGGUCACACCCGAGAACCUCCCUGACAUGGCCCUAGGCGCGGGGGGCAGCUGGGACGCCCUCGCCCGUCUUGUUAUCCGUCACAUGCGUUGGAUUAUGACGCAGCGCCCCCCUCUCGCAUACGCCACACUCGAGCAGCUGGUGUCGUUCAAGGCCCUGCUGCGCGAUGCAGCGGCGUAUAAUCCCGACUUCCAAAAGGCGCUCUUCGCGGCCGGAUUCAUACCCGAAUUCAUAGGUGCCGCGGUUUACGUCAACGGGGGUAACGACAUCGCCAAGUCGGCCCCCGGACUGGUGUCUCAGCUGCUCGACGUAACAUUCUUCAACAUCUUCCACUUGUUGACCCACGCGCAGAACGUUGGUAUUCUCAUCGACGCGUGCCGCGGCCCACUAAUCGGAAUGCUGCUUGUGCACGCGGUGAUCCCGCAGGAGGACGUCCAGGCAGCGGUCGUCCACUUGCUUCAACAAUCGCUCCCGCGAUGGACGCUCUACGCGUCAAUUCUCCCGGGACUCAAUGCGUCGCUCGCAGCGGCCCGGUCUCUCGUGCCACAGGCCCUGGCACAAGCCGACCCGCAGUUCAUACAGCUAUGGAACAACUUAACGGGCCUCGUGCACGAGCGGAUGGAGGUGUACACCGCCUUCAAGCAGAGAGAAACCCCGCGAACUGCGGCGUGUGCCAACCGACAUUGCGUCAAGAUCGGCCCCAGACACGAAUUUACCCAAUGCAGCGGAUGCAGCGCUGUCUACUACUGCUCAAAGCCCUGCCAGCGCACAGAUUACCUCGAGGGAGGGCACCGUGCGGACUGCUCAAGGUGGUCUUUUCAUUCGGAGGCAGAACGACAGAAAUUCCGCACGGUCGACCGCCGAUUCUUCCGUGCCCUCAUCCGUGAUGACUACGCGCGUCAUCGUGAACUGAUGUACGCGCGGGUGCUACAGCAAAUCCGGCGGCCAGCGCCGGAACAUCAGCCAUACCUUCACCUCCCGCGGAUGAUCGGCUUCCUCUAUCCCUUAGGAAGGCUCCAGUGGUCGGUCGGCCACCAAGACGCUGAUCCGACUCAAUCUAAACCGUAUGCGCCCCUGCUGGGCCGGCUCGUCGAGCACGACGCCGAGGGCUUCAUCGUCGCCAUCCCGCUUGUCGCGGGCAACCAUGAGGAGUCGCCCACACUGAUUCAGGUUGUGCCGGUCCGGCGGCGUGCUGGUGCGAACGAUAUCCACAAGCGGCUGGACGCAAUUGCGGAAUCACUGCGUGCAGAUGAAGGGGAUUCGGCCCAACCGACGGAAGAGGAGUGUCUGCAAGCGGUGAGGAAGGCUUUAACUGAGGUAGACGUGCAGGAGUGGGAAAUUUGUUGA